AAAGAUGAUGAAAGGUUUGGCGGUGGAUGAGAGUAUAUCCAAUUUGACUUCAGCAUCUGGAGAAGUAAGUGCAUCUUCAGGCACCAGAAUUGACACUGGCACACUGUACCCACAACAGUCUUUUUCUUCGACAAAUCAAGCACCAUCACCAAAGAAGAAGAGUAGUGUUCCAGGCAACCCAGACCCAGAUGCAGAAGUCAUAGCUUUGUCUCCCAAGACACUCUUGGCAACAAAUAGGUUUAUGUGUGAGGUCUGCAACAAAGGGUUCCAGAGAGAUCAGAAUCUUCAGCUUCAUAGAAGAGGACAUAACUUGCCAUGGAAACUAAAGCAAAGAACAAACAAGGAGGUGAGAAAGAAGGUAUAUGUGUGUCCAGAGACUACAUGUGUGCACCAUGAUCCAUCAAGGGCUCUUGGGGACCUCACCGGAAUCAAGAAGCACUUUUGCAGAAAGCAUGGUGAGAAGAAGUGGAAAUGUGAAAAGUGUUCAAAGUGUUAUGCUGUUCAAUCAGACUGGAAAGCUCAUUCCAAGAUUUGUGGCACGAGAGAGUAUAGAUGUGACUGUGGAACCGUUUUCUCCAGGAGGGACAGUUUCAUCACGCACAGAGCAUUUUGCAAUGCUUUAGCUGAGGAGAGUGCAAGAGCAAUUACAGCUCCAAACCCGGUACUUCUCUCCUCACAUCAACCUUGUUCUUCAUUUUCACAUAUGACCGAUCUGCAAACCCAACUCCACAGCCAUGCCCUAUCAGUGAAAAGAGAACAAGAUCAUCUUUUCGAUGCAAGAGUACCAGCAGACAGCAUUCCACCAUGGUUAGCUUGCCCACCAGGAGGAGUAGGAGCUGGUCCUGGUUCAUCAUCAGCAUUACUUUUAGAUCAACCACUGGCACAGAACGAAAACCCUAGCCAAAACCCUAGUUCUAAUACACUUCCUCCAUUCCAGGCCCCCUCAGCUUCUCCACACAUGUCUGCCACUGCACUCCUGCAAAAAGCAGCUCAAACGGGUGUGACUAUAAGCAAACCUUUACAAUCACCUGUAGCCAUGCAAAGACAUCAUCACCAACAGGCCCACAUGUCUGGAACCACUGGUUUCACAUCUUUAGCCCCGUCUGCAGCUGAUUCUGGUCUGGGUCUGUCCGCACGUGAAGAGCGUGGAAGUGGGUUUCCACAUGCGUUGGCAUCUUUUGGGAAUAAAGCUGAUGUCACAUCUGGUUUCACGGAACAGGCAAUAGCAGCAACAAAUAGUACUGCAGGUGCUGGAGGCGGAGCAGCUCCUAAAUAUUCUCUACUCCAUGAUAUGAUGACUUCUUUAUCUUCUAUAAGCGGGUUUGACGGGUCUUCAUCUUUUGAACAGUCUUUCAAUGGGAUUUGGGACACAAAGGGAAACAGAGUUUAUUUUCAAGAAACCAUUGAUCUCUCAAAAACAACAGAAUCCGAAUUAAGCAGAAGUGAUCGUGAAGGUAGAGGUAGUAGUAGUACUAGCAGUAACAUUGGAGGGAAUGACAUAUUAACAAGAGAUUUCUUGGGUCUUAAAGCUUUUCCUCAUAGAGAUUUCCCCAACUUAGCCAGGCUUGAUCGUAUAAACUCUUCUUCAGCAUAUGGGCAACAGAACAAACAGCAUCAAACACCAUGGCAAGGUUAGGUUGUGGUUCUUUUAACUUUUUAAGUUAAAAGAAAAUUGGAGAUUUCUGCAGCCUCCUCAAUGUUAAUUCCCCUCAUAUUUCAAGCCCUUUCUUUCAAUUUUCAUCUUUUUUAUUACAGUUUAAUUGUUUUACAUAUGGAAAACAACUUUCAAUCUGCUCAUCUAUAUACAUAGGAAUUGUCUUUAAAACAAGACGAAAGGAGAUGCCCUUUGAUACCUUAAUGGCUACAAGGGGUUUAAAAUACCGAGAAAAUUUGUCUUUUCUCAUUUUCAAAUUCAUAAUCAAUAAAGGUUUAAUGAUCAAUGCCAUGAAUAAGAUUUGGAUUCAGUUUGGAGGAGGAGAAGACAAUUGGAUAAAUAUUAGGAGGCUGUCAGAAAAAAUAAAUAAUAUAAAAUAUGCUUGUUGAGAGUUUUAAGGAAUUCCUUUUGGGAAUUUGUUUCAUUCUAUGAAAUAAUUAUUUUAUAAGU